AUGCGCGAUCCCAUACCCCCUCCAUCAUAUCUCGUGCAAUUAACCAAACCCUUCGCCGAAAAGCUGACCCUACAAACCUUACCAUGGCAUUUCCACGAAGUACUCCUCGGUUUCUUCGGUUACCACCUGGUCCUCUACAUUUUAUCACCUACUCUGUCUAAACUGAUAUGUCCCAAUGUCUACCGCGGCUUCAACAGGCGCACCCAAAUCAACUGGGACAUUCAUUGGGUUUCCAUGGUCCAAGCACUCUUCAUAAACUCCGCCGCCCUCUAUGUGAUCUUUGCCGACCCUCAAAGAAAAGAGAUGGACUGGAAGGGCAGACUCUGGGGAUACACGCCUGCCAUGGGCAUGGUCCAGGGUUUCGCUGCUGGCUAUUUCGUGUGGGAUUUGCAGAUCUCGGCGCAGUACAUAGCCAUCUCUGGACCAAGCGCAUUGAUCCAUGCAAUCGGUGCCUUAGCAGUGACAUGUAUAGGAUUCAGACCAUUCGGGAACUACUACGGGCUGUCUUUCGUACUCUAUGAGUUGUCGACUCCAUUCUUGAACAUCCACUGGUUUUGCGACAAGUUGAAUAUGACGGGCUCCAAGAUUCAAUUAUACAACGGCAUCGCCCUCAUUGCCACAUUCUUCGGUUGCCGGAUCGUUUGGGGAACCUAUCAAUCCAUCCUGAUCUACUCGGACAUCUACAAAGCGUUGACUUAUUCUCCACAGCUUGACAUGCUAGGCGCAAUUGUGGAAGAACCAACAUGCAUCGCCAACGCGAGUGGCGUCGGCGCAGGAGGGAUCGCAAGCUGCGAAUUGGGAGAGCUUCCCACUUGGCUCGUCUAUGUUUAUCUCAUAGGAAACACUGCUUUGACGCUGUUGAACUUUUACUGGUUCUCUCAAAUGGUCAAGGCAGUGAAGAAGAGGUUUCCUGCAGAAGAAGGAAAGCAAUCAGCGACGCAGGUCAAGAAGGGACAGUAA